GGUUGUAGUGAGAGUUUCGAUCAGUGGUUUCUGAGCGAUUUUAAUCCUGAUAUAGUUUUACGUUUUGUAGCGCGGUUUUUUGCUUGUGUUUUGGUGUUAGCGUGAAAACAGAAAGGAUUUUUUUUUUUUGGAAUUUUAGCAAUGGGACGACCGAAAGUUUUCGUGACCAGGCCUGAUGUGCCACAAGAAGGAAUUGAAUUAUUAAAGAAAAAAUGUGACGUCGAAAUCUACAACGAAGAAAAGCCCAUAACGAGAGACGCCCUAUUGAAAGGUGUCAAGGGAAAAGAUGGUAUCUUCUGCCUGCUUACAGACCCCAUAGACAAGGAGGUGUUAGACGUCGCAGGUCCCCAGCUAAAAGUGAUAGCUACUAUGUCGGUCGGUUUUGAUCAUAUAGAUAUAGAAGAGUGCAAAAAGAGGCAAAUAGCAGUGAGCAACACUCCACACGUUUCUACAGACUCGGUGGCCGAGUUUACAGUGCUGCUAAUGCUAGCCGUUGGCAGAAGGCUCUUCGAUUCGGCUGCGGCUAUUCGACAGGGUGAAUGGAUUCACAGUUGGAGUCCCUUAUGGUUAUGCGGACAAGGACUAAAGGAUGCAACAGUUGGCAUCGUUGGCAUGGGCAGAAUAGGGCAAGCUGUGCUGAAACGAUUGCUGCCAUUCGGCGUUGGAAAAACUUUAUAUUACGAUGUUUUCCACCCUAUCCAACCAGCUGAAGAAAUGGGCGCCAUCUAUUCGAGUUUCGAGGACUUGCUGAAGGAGUCCGACUACGUUGUCGCCAUGUGCAACCUCUCUGAAGAAACGCGCGGCGUCUUCAACAAGAAGGCCUUUUCCCUCAUGAAGAAAUCAGCCGUGUUCAUCAACACCAGCAGGGGUGGAGUAGUCAACCAGGACGACCUCUAUGAUGCCCUGAAGAGUGGUGAAAUCCGAGCCGCUGGCCUGGAUGUCAUGGUACCAGAACCCUUGCCCAAGGACCACAAGCUUACUACACUACCCAACAUAGCUCUGCUUCCCCACGUUGCCAGCGCAGAAGUCUCUGUGAGGGUAUUGAUGUCCGAAAUGGCGGCCAACAACAUCCUCAAUGCUCUAGAAGGCAAAGAUUUAGUCAGCCCUGUUUAUUGAACUUCUUCUUUCUGUCACGUUUUUAGGAACUUGUUAAAACAUAAAGAUGUAGCCUGAAUGUUUUCAAUAAAACGUAUUGAU